AUGAUUAUACGACAUGAAAAAAUCGGGGGAGUUGAUAAGAUUGUAGAAAUUGAUGAGUCGAAGUUUGGCAAACGAAAGUAUCACCGUGGUCACCGGGUCGAGAUGCAGUGGAUAUUUGGAGGUGUAGAACGGGGAUCUGGAAAAUGUUUUCUCAUGCCAGCGGAGUUUAGAAAUAAGAAAACAUUAUUGACAAUCAUAAAACAAUGGAUUUUACUAGGCACUAAUAUUAUCAGUGAUUGUUGGAAGAGCUACGACUGUUUAAAACAUGAAGGGUAUGUUCAUUUAACAGUCAACCAUUCCAUUAAUUUUAAAGACCUCGAAACCGAUGCUCAUACAAAUAACGUGGAGGGAAUGUGGAGGCAUGCGAAAGCAUCGCUCACAAAAUACACCCAAUACAGUAGGAAAAAACAUUUUUACGCCGGAUACAUGAAAAAAUGUAUGUUUUUGAAACAAUUUCGUGCCAAAAAAGUUGAACCUUUGUCUGCAUUUUUUGAAUUUGCUGGCCAUUUAUACUCGGCAGCUGCACACACCGAAAAUGGGGAUUACGUAAUUGCCGAAGACUCAGACAGUUUCAAUGAUGACGAUGGGGGAGGUGAUGCUAUACCUUCUCGAGGUCUCCCCUGUGAGUAG